UUGUUCAUUAGAAGUAAUAUGUUAAGAUUAUUAGUUCUAGCAGCGAAGCAGCAGGUACAACUUUCAGAUUCAUAUCUACCUGUGGCUAUGCAAGUUAUAGCUCACCUCACGGAUCAGAUGGCGUUUGAAGUGAAGGAUGACGUGCCCAAGAGCACCACCGCCAGGCCCUUGUAUGUCACAUCAGAUUACUUCGCAAGCUUACCCAAAACAGGCUGGUGGAUAAGAUAUGGUAUAGCAAGAGACACAACCACAGCAUUCCACAAGCCUGGUCUCUAUGCACCAGCUUCGCCUCCAAAACCAUCAGAAAGACAAAAGAGCAAUAACUACGUCCUUUUGCCAGUUGAACAAAACUAUCAACAUACUAUCAUAGAACCACAAGAGAAGAAAACUGAAGAACCAUUGUUGGCAGUGCAUAAUGAGGAAGUCAGUCCAUUACUGGAACCUCCUCCGAAUCAUCCUCAUCAUUUGCUACCCUACAAUCCUAUCAAGUAUCCGAGAAGUUCGGAUGAUGAAUUCAAUGAGGAGAACCUUCAAUAUUUAUCACCACAAGUAAGGGACAUGAUCAGGAUGGCAAAAAAUCCUGAUGAUGAAAGAUUGAUAGAUGUAUGGGAUGGUCUAAGAGCCAACCCCCUGGAAGUAUCAUCUAGAGGGAAACUAUCGACCUCGAACUUAAGAUUGCUACUUCUGUACGAUCUCUUAAGUAGAGACGCGAAGAGACAAAGGCUCUCUGACUACAGUGGAUUUUCUCCUGACGUGAUGAAGAACCUGGUAGAGUCUUCAGACGGCGGUGCGAGUGAACAACUCCGAUUCGCGCUUUCCAAGAUGGUGGAGAGAAAUGAUUGCGGUAACGACUACGCUAAUAACAGAGCUAAAGAAAUGGUUGUUGAACUGGCAAAGGCAGAAUCUAAACUGUCUUCCGAGCUCAGAUACCUACAGCCUCUCGUAUAUAAGUUCUAA